UACAGUCUGGCACUUUUCAGCAUUCCCAAUUUGAACCAAACGCCACUGAAUCAUCAUGCAUCGUUUUCCUUUGCCGAUGAACCAGCUGAAGAAGAAGAAGUUGACACCAAUACAGAGCAACUUCAUCUUUCUCCAUCGCCAUCUCUUCUCUUCUCUUCAUAUAAGAUCUAACCGCCAGAUUCGUCGUCCGUCUCUCCACUUCUGCUCCGCCAAACGCCAUCAACACACCACAUCAACGUUCUGAUAGUGGUAGAUUUUAAUUAAUUGAUUCAUCACCAUGACUGUUGCUAACCAGCUCAUCUCUGUUCAUCCUGAAGACCUCAACUUCCAAUUUGAGCUGGAAAAACAGAGCUAUUGUGAUAUUAAGGUGGCAAACAAUACCCAACUUUAUGUUGCCUUUAAGGUCAAAACUACUUCACCAAAGAAAUAUUUUGUACGGCCAAAUACUGGCCUUCUACAGCCCUGGGAUUCAUGCACCAUAAGAGUGAUCCUUCAUGCUCAAAGAGAAUACCCUCCAGAUAUGCAAUGCAGAGACAAAUUUCUGCUGCAGAGCACUAUAGUCCAGCCACACAGUGAAGUUGAUGAACUUCCUCCAGAUACAUUUAACAAGGAAGGUGGAAAGAAAAUAGAAGAACGCAAACUUAGAGUUGUCUAUGUAUCUCCUCAAGGAGCGCCUGGUGAUUCAGAAGAUGAAGCGUUGAGGAGAAACUCUGAUGGAAACGCUUCUUUGCAGUGUCUCAAGGAUGAAAGAGAUUCAGUUUUUAGACAAACAAAUCAGCUUCAACAGGAACUGGACAUGUUGAAAAAACGAAAAAACCAUAGGAAGGAUGGUUCUGGUUUCUCUUUUACAUUUGCAAUUUUAGUGGCAUCCAUGGGAAUCAUACUCGGCUUUCUUUUGAGACUCGUUGCAUCUUAAUCUGGCUUCUUCAUAGGCAUACUUCAAGUUCCUCUUGUGUCCAUCUUUUUUUUUAUUUUAGUAAUAGUUUUGUAGAAGCAAAAGUAAACGAAAAUCGCAUCGGUAAGUUUGUUGUUGGGCUUGAUAUUGUUUUCUUCUUCCCCCUAGCAUGAUUCUCUUAUUGUUGUUCGAAAUUUUUUGUCGUCUGAAUGUCUUGUUUGAUUUCCUUGUAAAAUUUUGAAAGUUGUUUAUGUGAUCAAUCAACUUGUUAAAGUGUCCUAAAUUAGGUUUUAUUACCUAUA